AGCCUAAGCAAGGGACAGCAAACAAAUCAACAAAACCAGCUCCCCACACGCAUUCUGACGGAGGAGGAGCUGAGCUGAACGCCACGCUGCUGCCGACCAUGGCUUCCCAGCCGGGAGCGGGGCGUCACCUCCUCUGCUGCCUCUUCCUCUCCCUCUCACUGGCCACGCUCGCGCAUGCCGCGACGCACCGCCACCAUUGGGAGAUCAGUUACCAGUUCAAGUCCCCGGACUGCGUACGCAAGCUCGCCGUCACCAUCAAUGGCCAGACGCCCGGCCCCAUCAUCCGCGCCACGCAGGGCGACACCAUCGUGGUCGCCGUCAAGAACACUCUCCUCACCGAGAACGUCGCGAUCCAUUGGCACGGCAUCCGGCAGAUGGGCACCCCCUGGGCGGACGGCACCGAGGGGGUGACACAGUGCCCCAUCCUCCCCGGUGACACAUUCACCUACACGUUCGUCGUCGACCGCCCGGGGACGUACAUGUACCACGCGCACUACGGGAUGCAGCGGUCGGCCGGGCUCAACGGCAUGAUCGUCGUGGCCGCGGCGCCGUGGGGUAAGGACGCGGCGCCGUUCAGGUACGACGGCGAGCACGACGUGCUUCUCAACGACUGGUGGCACAAGAGCACCUACGAGCAGGCCACCGGGCUCGCCUCCGUACCCCUGGGCUGGGUCGGUGAGCCGCAGUCUCUCCUCAUCAACGGCAGGGGGAGGUUCACCAACUGCUCGGCGGCGGCGGCGGGGACCUGCAGCGUCAGCCACCCGGAGUGCGCCACUCCAGUGUUCGCCGUCGUGCCGGGCAAGACGUACCGGUUCCGCAUCGCCAGCGUCACAUCUUUGUCCGCGCUCAACUUUGAGAUCGAGGGCCACCCUAUGACAGUGGUGGAGGCCGACGGCCACUACGUGAAGCCGUUCGUGGUGAAGAACCUCAACAUCUACUCCGGCGAGACCUACUCCGUGCUCAUCAAGGCCGACCAGGACCCCAACCGCAACUACUGGCUCGCCUCCAACGUCGUCAGUCGCAAGCCCGGCACGCCCACGGGCACCGCCAUCCUCAGCUACUACAGCCACCGCACCAGCCCGCGCCGGCCGCCCCCGACCACGCCGCCCACGGGCCCGGCCUGGAACGACACCAUGUACCGGUUCCGUCAGAGCGUGGCGACCGUGGCGCACCCGGCGCACGUCGAGGCCCCGCCGCCGCGAGCCGACCGCACCAUCAUCCUGCUCAACACGCAGAACAAGAUCGACGGGCACGUGAAGUGGGCGCUCAACAACGUCUCCUUCGCGCUGCCGCACACGCCGUACCUGGUGGCCAUGAAGCGCGGGCUCCUGGGCGCCUUCGACCAGCGGCCGCCGCCGGAGACGUACGCGCACCAGGAGUACAACAUCUACGCCGUGCAGCCGAACCCGAACGCGACGACCAGCGACGGGCUGUACCGGCUGCAGUUCGGCUCCGUCGUCGACGUGGUUCUCCAGAACGCCAACAUGCUGGCGGCUAACAGCAGCGAGACGCAUCCGUGGCACCUACACGGCCACGACUUCUGGGUGCUCGGCUACGGCAUCGGCCGCUUCGACCUGGCGGUGCACCCGGCGUCGUACAACCUCAAGGAUCCGAUACUGAAGAACACGGUAGCCGUGCACCCCUACGGCUGGACGGCGCUGAGGUUCAAGGCUGACAACCCCGGUGUGUGGGCGUUCCACUGCCACAUCGAGGCCCAUUUCUUCAUGGGAAUGGGCAUCGUCUUCGAGGAGGGCGUCGAGCGCGUCGGCCAGCUCCCGCCGGAGAUCAUGGGGUGCGGCGCAACCAAGGGGCACUAGUCAUCACGUCUACGAACUGUGCCGAAAAAGCUUGUUGCAUUGAUGUUGUGUCAUUGAUUCAGACUCUAAUGGUAGAUUAUUCAGGCAUGCACGAAGAAGACAAGUUGGAGCACAAUUUUGUUUCACCACGAGGGGAUUUUUUUUCUCCAAAUUCUAAGAUUAGUACUAGUUACUAGUUAGGUUCAUAAUAUAACGUGCAUUAUUUACAGCCUCUCCUAUUUUUUUGUACUUAUAAUGGGAAAUUUGUGCCAUGUUGUACUGUAAAUGAUGUUCCAAUCCAAUAAAAUAAACACAUUGUUUCA